AUGGGCCAACGUGGAAAAGGAGGUCGUGGCGGCAGAGGACGAGGACGAGGCGGUAGAGGUGGGGGAAGAUCGAGGGAUUCAGGAGUUGAUAAUCGAUGCAGCUUCGAAAACGUUCCCAAAUCCAACGAGAAAUUCGAGAGAUACUACAAUGGGCUUUUAAAUUUAGAGGAGGGAGAGAAGGGGGAGUUUUGGGCAGCGUUGAAGAGAGAAUUGCCAAAUUCUUUCCGAUUCGCGGGGUCGAAAGGUCAUGCAAUUGCGGUACAGAAGCAAUUAAAAGAACGAUACAUCCCCGAAAUUACUGCCAUUCAGCAAUUCGAUGGUAGUCCGGUUACACCUCCAGCGCCAGUUCCGUGGUAUCCAGAUGAACUUGCAUGGGCGAUGUCGACUUCAAAGACUGUUAUACGAAAAUCUCCUCCUUUUGCUAAGUUCCAAAAAUUCUUGGUUUCAGAGACGAGUGUGGGUAAUAUUAGCAGACAGGAGGUUGUCAGUAUGAUUCCACCAUUGGUUAUGGAUUUGAGACCUGGAAUGACGGUACUGGACAUGUGUGCCGCGCCUGGAAGUAAGGCGGCUCAAUUAUUGGAGAUGGUACAUCAUGGGGAGGAAACCAGAGUUCAAGCGGUUUUAAAAGGAGACGGAAGCGCAAGCGCCGAAUUGGAGCUCGAUCCCAGCGAUGAUGGAAGAGCUACAGGUUUAUUGAUCGCCAAUGACUCCGACUAUAAGAGAAGUCACAUGUUGAUUCAUCAACUCAAACGACUUUCAUCUCCAAAUCUCAUCGUUACAAAUCAUGAUGCUACCAUGUAUCCAUCAAUCAAGCUUCCAGCUACUCCAGAAAACCCGGCAACCAAUCGAUACCUUAAAUUUGAUCGAAUUUUGGCCGAUGUACCUUGUUCUGGAGAUGGCACGACUAGAAAGAAUGUGAAUCUGUGGAAGGAUUGGAAUCCGAGUAAUGCACUUGGACUUUAUGUUACCCAAGUUCGCAUUCUAGUUAGGGCUCUUCAAAUGCUCAAGGUGGGUGGGCGUGUUGUCUACUCCACUUGCAGCAUGAAUCCCAUCGAGAACGAAGCAGUCAUUGCUUCCGCCAUUGAAAGAUGUGGUGGUCCUGAGAAGGUUAAAUUGAUCAAUAGCGAUGACCAAUUACCUUUGCUUAAGAGAAGGCCAGGAUUGAAGACAUGGACUGUCAUGGACAAGAAAGGUCGUGCUUGGAAUUCCUGGGCCCACCUGCAAAAGCAUAUUGCAGACAAUGGAGAAGAAGAUUGCACGAGUAAGUUGGUUGAGGGAAUGUUUUCACCAAUCGAUGAAGCUAUGUCAAGCGUUCCUUUCGAUCAAUGCAUGCGUGUUUAUGCACAUUUGCAAGAUACCGGUGGUUUCUUCAUCACAAUCUUGGAGAAACAAUCAGAGUUCAAAGCAAAGCCAGAAUCGGAAAACAAGAAGAUUGUACCCAAACCUCCCAUCACAGCAAUCGUUGAUGCGAUCGAGUCUGCUACUACUCCAGUGGAUAGCGGAAGUGUCGCCCCCAAAAUUGAGGCAGCUGAUCAACUUACUCAUCCCACCUCAUCCACCCUCGACGAAGUUACACCUGUAGCACGUCAAAAUCAAGAACAACCUGGAUCCGAUGCAACCCAUACUAUUGGUUCCAAACGUCCUGCUUCAGAAAUUGAAGACCCCGAAGUUAACGGCGCUAUCGAGAACAAAAAGUUGAAGACAGAAGACACAGAAAGCCAUGCAUCACCACCACCCACCGGAGGCCACACGGAACACUAUCCACCACCACCAGCUGCAGAACUAGAUCUCACAACUCGCCCAGGCGACCAACGAUCUGAUUCAAGACCAGAGAAACCUCUUAACAAAUACGGCCAAAACCAAGCAUAUGAAGAGGCAUUCAAAUAUAUCCCUGGUGACCAUGAUCAGGUUUCUGACAUCGAAUCCUUUUACAAAUUGAGUGGGAGGUUUCCAAGAGAUAGAUUCUUGGUGAGAAAUGCCACAGGUGAACCGGCCAAGACGAUUUACUACACAACUGCACUGAUUAGAGAUAUUUUGAGCGAGAAUGAGGGCAAAGGAAUCAAAUUCAUUCAUGCUGGUGUCAAGAUGUUCAUGAAGCAAGAUGUGCAGGGCGAGGGUGUUUGCAGAUGGCGUAUCCAAUCUGAAGGUAUGCCAAUUCUGCAAGGCUACGUCGGAGAGGGAAGAGUGGUCAAAUUGACCAAGAAGGAAACACUCCGCACUCUCUUAAUUGAGAUGUUCCCCAAAGUAUCAGGUGACUCGUGGAAAGAACUCGGAGAGAUUGGAGAAAGAGUUAGAGAUAUUGGAAUGGGAUGUUGUAUUUUGAGAAUCGAACCUGGUGAAGGCGAAGAUGCUUUUACCGAGAAAAUGGUACUUCCUUUGUGGAGAAGCAUGCAUUCUCUUAACUUGAUGUUGGCAAAAGAGGAUAGAAGUGCAAUGUUAUUGAGAAUUUUCGAUGACACUACACCAUUGGUCAAUAAUUCCAUUGCAUUUCAAAGGGAGGCGGAGCUCAGGAACUUGAAGGAUGGGGAGACCAAGAAAGAAGUCGCGCCGGGAUUCAAAGUCGAGGAUGGAGAGAUCAAGGUUGAUGUUGAUGGUGGAUUGGAGGGUGCGGGUGCAAGUGGUGUACGAAGGAGAGAUCAGAGAGAUGCCGAUGUACAGAUUGUGGAAGGACCAUACAGUACUCUGGUAGCGGGCGUGGAUCAAGUGGCGAAUAAGGGAAUGGAUGUAAAGGCAACGAAGAUUGAGAAGGGUGAGGAGACUGGUGGUGUAGAGGAACAACUUGGUGGUAUGGGUGGUAUUGAGGGACAGCAGGGUGGGGUUGCUUAG